UCGUUUUAAUACUUGUACACUGGAGUUGGUGUACGAAUUUCGGGUGAAAAAAAUAAAAUAAAAAAAGGACUUCUUUUUUCAAAUAAUUGUAAAUAAAAACUCGAUUGACUGGGUUUAUUAUCUCCUACAUUUAAGUAUUUUUUUCAAGAAAUGAGAUGAAUUUGGUUAUGUAUGGAGGGUGGUCAAAGCACAAAGAUCCUCUUUAUCAGGGGCAAUGCUGUAAAUUAGGAACUAACCCCUCGCGAAAACAUGCCUUUAAAACUCCAUACUUUGUUAGUGUGAAAAAAAACACACUUGUACAUUUUAAUUACUACUUAGCUUUACUUUUAACACUUAAUUACACUCCCAAAAAGAGGGAAAAAGAAAAUCAAGAUUCAUGUUCAUGCAAGCCUAGUUUAUUGAGACACUCUCUAUACAAUUUUUCGAGUUACGACGAUUAGAAGAUCGGAAAGAUCGGAAAGAUGACGAACAAUAGCGCAGAGCCUUCCGCACGUAACUACAAAUCGAAGAUCACACCUUACGUCGUGGUGUGUUGGAUUUUCGCAGCCUUCGGAGGAUUGAUGUUUGGAUACGACAUUGGGAUUUCGGGUGGAGUGACGGCGAUGGACGAUUUCUUGGAGAAAUUCUUUCCGCUUAUUUAUCAGAGGAAGCUACACGCAAAGGAAAACAAUUACUGCAAAUACGACGAUCAACUUCUUCAGCUUUUCACGUCGUCGUUGUAUCUCGCGGCUCUCGUCUCCAGCUUCGGAGCGUCCAAGGUGUGCACGGUCCUCGGGAGGCGCCCGACCAUUAGAUUGGCUUCGAUACUCUUCAUCAUUGCGGCUAUAAUUAGUGGAGCGGCACCGAACAAAACUAUUUUGAUUAUCGGUAGGAUAUUGUUCGGAGUCGGAGUCGGAUUCGGUAACGAGUCGGUUCCGCUCUUCCUAUCGGAAGUAGCGCCGGUACAACACAGGGGGGCCGUCAACAUCCUCUUCCAGCUCUUCAUCACAAUCGGAAUCUUCAUCGCAAACAUCGUCAACUACCUAAUCUCCGCCGUCCACCCGUACGGAUGGCGAAUCGCCCUCGGCCUAGCCGGCGUCCCGGGCGUCGUCCUCCUCAUCGGCUCGUUCAUCAUCAUGGAGACCCCCUCCAGCCUGAUCGAGCGCGGCAUGGAGACCGACGGCCGCGAGGCCCUUAAGAAGAUCCGCGGCGUCGACGACGUGGAGGCGGAGCUCGAGAGCAUCCGGUCCGCCUGCGAGAAGGCCCGCCUCGUCAAGCACCCGUUCAAGAAGCUCAUGAAACGCGCCAGCGUCCCCCCGCUAGUCAUCGCGAUCUCGAUCCAGGUCUUUCAGCAGUUCACCGGGAUCAACGCCGUCAUGUUCUACGCGCCGGUCCUCUUCCAGACCGUCGGCUUCAAGACCGACAGCUCGCUCCUCUCCUCCGUCAUCAUGGGCAUGGUCAACGUUCUGAGCACCAUUGUCUCGAUCAUCGCCGUUGACCGUGUCGGCCGUAGGAAAUUGCUCCUCCAAGCUAGUGUCCAGAUGUUCAUAUGCAUGGUUGGAGUUGGAUCAAUUCUACUAGUCCACUUGAAGCCGACGGGGUCACUCGACAAGAGACUAGCGGCGGCGGUGGUGGUGCUUGUCUGCCUUUUCGUGAUGUCGUUCGCGUGGUCGUGGGGUCCAAUGGGGUGGUUGAUUCCGAGCGAGAUAUUCCCUCUGGAAACGAGAACCGCCGGAUUCGCAUUCGCGGUCAGCACAAACAUGCUCUUCACGUUUGUUAUCGCGCAGGGAUUCUUGUCCAUGCUAUGCAACAUGCAGUCGUACAUCUUCUUCUUCUUCGCGGCUUGGAUUUUGGUGAUGGGAUUGUUUGUCCUGUUUUUGCUGCCCGAGACAAAGGGAGUUCCGAUUGAGGCCAUAACCGAGAGGGUUUGGAGGAAGCACCCGGUUUGGAAGAAUUUCAUGGCGAAGGAAAUCGUGAGGAACACCGAGAUGAACUGAAGUGGGAUUCGAGAGUUGAAAUGAAUCGUCUUCCUCUCGCCCGAGUUCUGUUUUUUUGUUUUUUGGAUUCGAUUUAUUUGCGGUUGUUGGUUAUUUUUUUCGUUUCGAAAUAAGAGAGGCUUUAGAUAUUGCGCGCAUUGAAGCGCGGAUGGGCGAAAUAAAGGGCGGAAUAAAGUACUUCUUGUAUUGAUUCAACUUUUUUAUGAGGAAAAAAACCGAUUUU